CGUUGUCGUAUCCUCGCUCGCUUCGGCUCUCGAAAGCGAAGAUCCCAGGAGCGGGCGGGCGAGGCACCGUUGCCAUUGCCGCGCGGCCAACACAGAGAGGUCGGAUUCUACAACGGGUAGCGGCCCGUUCGGCCACAGCAUGCUGUAAGGAAGGCCUAUUCGGCUGAUCGCAACUUUUUUGCAAGAGGGCGAUAUUACAGCAGCAAAACCCCUGACACGAUGGAGUCGAUCGACAACCCCUCGGUGCCCGCGUACAUGGGGAGCAAGCUGUUGAUGCCGCUCGCUGACUACUCAGGAUUACCGCUGGACCAGGUAAAUUUCGUCGUGGGGCAAGUUACAGCACUUUUGCUUGCGGCCCUGCUAAGAAUCUACUUGCACCCCAGAAAGGUUUCGCCUGACACGCGCCACACGAUUUGUCUGCUGCUUGGAGUAGGCCUCUCGUGGUUUUGCUAUGGCAGGCGAGCGAUUCACAUUGUUGCCAUGCCUUUUAUUUGUUACAUCGUCAUGAUACUGCAGGGACCCAAAUCUGCACACAAGGUCGUGCUGGUCAUCUCCCUCGUGUAUUUGUCUCUGAUUCACUUAUACCACCAGUUUAUCGAACGGAAUUUUUUCUCGGUGGACGUGACAGGACCAAUGAUGGUGGUGACCCAGAAGGUCACUUCCCUCGCGUACUCGCUGCACGAUGGCGAUGUUGAAGAUAAAGAAAAGCUCAAGCCCAUGCAGGUGCAGCACUCGAUCAGGAAGCUGCCGUCGCCACUGGAGUACUUCAGCUUUGUGCUACAGUUUCAGACCAUACUGGCCGGGCCUUUAGUGCUCUACAACGACUAUCAUGAUUACAUUCACGGUGCGGCGCUCGAAAAGUGCCAGCUGGUCGCCAAUCAAGCCAAUAGCAGCAAGAGCAGAGAUGUUUAUGUCGAGCCGUCGCCCUUCAAAGCUGUGAGAAACAAAGUGGCCGGCAGCAUUCUUUGCGCCGUGCUCUUUGUCUGGCUGCUGCCCCUCUUCCCCAUUGGCAGAGUCAAAGAUCCCGAGUUUCUCACCACAAAGGGCGUGCCAGCACAAAUUUUGUACCUGAUAGUGGCGACCUCGUUGGUGCGCCUGAAAUACUACCACGCGUGGUUGCUUGCGGACGCUAUCUCAAAUGCGUCGGGCCUCGGUCUCAGAGUGCCGUCAAACCCAAAGGAACAACCUUCCUGGGACCUGAUUUCAAACAUUGACGUUGUUGGCUUCGAGACAGGCACCAGCCUCCGGGAUUCGGUCUCGAACUGGAACAAGGGCACGUCCACGUGGUUGCGGCUGCUAGUCUAUGAGCGCAGCACCAAGAUGCGCACUCUGCAGACUUACAUUCUCAGUGCGGUUUGGCAUGGCUUCCACCCUGGCUACUACCUGACUUUCCUCUCAGGGGCACUCUUCACAGUUGCAGCCAGAUCGGCAAGACGGUGUCUGCGCCACCACUUCACUGCCUCAGUUCACUACAAGCAGAUGUACGACUGGACCACGUUCCUGGCGACGCGCGUGCUCAUGGGCUACGUGACCUUCCCGUUUGUGCUGCUGGAGUUGCGGCCGUGCAUCCGCAUUUACAGCCACAUGUACUGGUGGUACCACCUGCUGGCAGUUGCCGCGAUGGUCAUUCUGCCAGUGCUGAUGCCACCUGAGCCUUCCGGGGUGAAGAAGGGCAAGGCAGCGCGCAGCCACGAGGAGUUCAAGCUGGCAGCUGGCCUUGAAGACCAAGAUGGUGAUCUCAUUCUUGUGCCGCCACCCAACUUGUCGCCUUCUGCUAGAAGACGUCACCUGCUUAGAGACGUGGUGCUCGCUGACUCUGGAAAAAUGCUAAAGUUGAACUCGACCGCCUUGGUCACAGAGUGAAAAAUUAUUUGCUAAAAAUCUAAGUCUGGGUUUCGGAUGUUUUUGAUCUACUCGGCAUUAAUGUAUGUCUGCUGGUCUGAGGUCUGAGUGUAUAAGAAUGAAAUGAGUUUGGCUUAUGUGUCGAAACUCUUGUAGUCAGUCGAUUAUUAUCACAAAUUUUGUAACACAGGAAGCUUGAGGAUUGAAAUAAACUGACUACCAGAUCAAACAUAAUGUUACUGAAGGCAUCUACAUAAACUCACUGUUGUUUGAAGUAAUUAUGGUUCCUCAUUGACAGAUGUGGUUGUUUUUAUGUAUAGUGAUUAUUGAUGGUUAAGAGAUUGUAUUAUUAAAACAUUAUGAUAAUUUUAAUAAAAAAUUCACCUCACAAAAGGCACUGCUGAAA